GCGGGGGCUGUUGCCAAGGCAGCGAGGAGGCGGGCGCGCACUGUGGGCAGAGGUACAGAGCUAAGCUGCAAACUGGAAGCUGGCAAGACGCGACAGGUCUGUGCGGGGCAGGCAUUCAGCUGGCGGAGACUCGGGGGUCGAGACUGGGACUAGAUCCUGUUAAGAGUCCAUUUUUAGUGAAAAAGCAUUGAGCUGGAGCCAGGACCAACUCCUUAUUAAUUUGAUAUUGUGCAAGUCAUCUGGAGAGAGAUCUCAGUUGCCUCAUCUGUGAAAAGGAGAUAAAAAUUCUUAAUUUAUCUGAAGAUGAGGUGGAGUACCAUCCUACAGCAAUGUUAUUUUCUCUCGGUUACAUGUCUACUUACUGCUCUUGAAGCUGUGCCUAUAGACAUAGACAAGACAAAAGUAAAAGGUGCUCAGCCGGUGGACAGUGCAAAGAUAGAACCACCAAGAAGAAGGGAGAAGGAUACUGGACUAUAUUAUGAUGAAUAUCUCAAGCAAGUGAUCGAUGUGCUGGAAACAGAUAAUCAUUUCAGAGAAAAGCUCCAGAAAGCAGACAUAGAGGAAAUAAAGAGUGGGAGGCUAAGCAAAGAGCUGGAUUUAGUAAGUCACCAUGUGAGGACAAAACUUGAUGAACUGAAAAGGCAAGAAGUGGGGAGGUUAAGAAUGCUAAUUAAAGCUAAACUGGAUUCCCUUCACGAUACAGGCAUAGACUACCAUGCUCUUCUAAAACAAUUUGAUCACCUAAACCACAUGAAUCCUGACAAGUUUGAAUCUACAGAUUUAGAUAUGCUAAUCAAAGCAGCUACAAGUGAUCUGGAAAACUAUGAUAAGACUCGACAUGAAGAAUUUAAAAAGUAUGAAAUGAUGAAGGAACAUGAAAGGAGAGAAUAUUUAAAAACACUGAGUGAAGAAAAGAGAAAAGAAGAAGAAUCUAAAUUUGAAGAAAUGAAGAAAAAACAUGAAAAUCAUCCCAAAGUUAAUCACCCAGGAAGCAAAGACCAACUAAAAGAGGUCUGGGAAGAGGCUGACGGGUUGGAUCCCAAUGACUUUGACCCCAAGACAUUUUUCAAAUUGCACGAUGUCAAUAAUGAUGGCUUCCUUGAUGAACAAGAAUUAGAAGCCCUAUUUACUAAAGAGUUGGAGAAAGUAUAUGACCCCAAAAAUGAAGAGGAUGAUAUGGUAGAAAUGGAGGAAGAAAGGCUUAGGAUGAGGGAACAUGUAAUGAAUGAGGUUGAUUCUAACAAAGACCGAUUGGUGACUCUAGAAGAGUUUUUGAAAGCUACAGAAAAAAAGGAAUUCUUGGAGCCUGAUAGCUGGGAGACAUUAGAUCAGCAACAGUUUUUCACAGAGGAAGAGCUGAAAGAAUAUGAAAAUCUUAUCUCCUUACAAGAAAAUGAACUUAAGAAAAAAGCAGGUGAACUUCAGAAACAAAAAGAAGAACUACAGCGUCAGCAUGACCAACUCGAGGCUCAGAAGCUGGAAUAUCAUCAGGUCAUACAGCAGAUGGAACAAAAAAAAUUACAACAAGAACUUUCUCCAUCAGUGCCUGGUGGAGAAUCGAAGUUCAAGCCACUCAUUUGAAGUCUGAAGUCCACCAGAACUUGGAAGAAAACUGUAAAAUCAACAUCUGUGUCAUCUUUUUACUUCCCUUCCUUUUUCUCUACUCAAAUAUUUUAAGACAUAAAUGGAAUAAAGGAAGAUACUUUUUAAAUAAGAA